AUGAAGACCGCUUUCACCUCCGCUGCCCUUGCCAGCAUCAUCAGCCUCGCCUCCGCCCACGGCUACUUCCAAUCCCCCAUCGCCCGCCACCCCAGCGACGCCUACAAGUCCGCCUGCGGCGAACAAGCCUACAACAACCUCAACAGCGACAUCAACAACAACAUCCAGGGCCUCGAACAACUCACCGCGACCCAAUCCGACUUCAAAGCCGCCGAGUGCAACCUCUGGAUGUGCAAAGGCCUCAAGUACGCCGACAACACGGCCAACGUCCACGAGUACACGCCCGGCCAGGAGGUCGACAUGUACUUCCAGAUCGUCGCGCCGCAUUCUGGGUACGCGAAUGUCUCGGUCGUGGACACGGCGAGCAAUAGUGUCAUUUCGGCCAAUUUGACGCAUUGGGAUCAGUAUGCACUUACGAGCGAGCCGAUGAGGGCCGAGUGGCAGAAUUUUACGGUGAAGAUGCCGGAGGACUUGGGGAGCAAGUGUGCGGAGGGUGGGGCUUGUGUCAUUCAGAUGCACUGGGACGCUCCAGAGGCCAAGCAGACGUACCAGUCUUGCAUCGACUUCAAGAUGGCUGGCUCGGCCGCGAAGAGGAGUCACGCUCGUGAUAUGAAGGUGUAA